ACGCAGCAGUAUGGGGACGUUAGUCACGUCGGCAUGAGAAGAAGAAAGAGAUACAGCUUCACAGAGUUUUGUCAUAACAGAGGACGAAAACAAUUAUUCCGGCACACUUCGUUAUUUCCUCGCAGGCAGGACGAUGCCACGGCGUGUUUUGUUGCUUGUAACGUAGGGCGAGGAGAAGAAGCUAGCUAGCUAGCUUAGCCACACAGUCUGACAGCCAACGACAGUAGCCUGUAGCUAACUGGUCACUUCCCUUUGGGUAACAUAAAGACAAAACAAUCAUGACACAGAAAGUCAGUCUGUGUUCAGUUUCCCUUGGAGUGGAGGGUAUGACUUGUGGCUCCUGUGUCCAGUCCAUAGAGCAGCGCAUCGGGUCGCUCCCUGGAGUCGUGCACAUAAAGGUUUCUUUAGAGAAGAAGAAUGCCACAGUCAUAUUUGACCACAGCGAACAGAGCCCAGAGUCUCUGUCAGAGGCCAUUGAGGACAUGGGCUUUGAAUCAAGUCUUUCAGACUCCAGCAUAGCCACACCCAUCUCUACAGAUACCCAGCUGAUCCCCACCUCCGCCCUGGCACCUGCAGCCCAACAGGAUGCUUUGGAGAAACUAUCCCAGAUUCAGGGAGUGCUGGAUGUCAGAGAGAGCCCAGCCCAGAUAGGUCUCACUGUUACCUUUGUUCCUUCCCUGACUUCUUUGCAGCAGCUGAGUGACGUGGUGUCCAGCUUAAAGCCUCUGGAGAUCCCCACACCCAGCAGUCCAAUGCAAAAAGGCCCACCCUCAUCCCCAUCUCACACCACAGGAGGUGGGGUGGCACUCCUUAAGUUGAGCAUUGAAGGAAUGACCUGUCACUCCUGCACCACCACUAUUGAAGGGAAGAUUGGAAAACUGAAAGGGAUUGAAAAGAUCAAAGUUGUUUUGGAGACUCAGGAAGCUACAAUUGUGUACCUGCCUUACCUCAUCACCGUCCAAACUAUCAUAGAUCAGAUUGCUGUUGCUGGCUUCAAGGCGUUUGUUAAAUCCAAACCUCGCCCGCUGCAGCUGUCCCCCAGUGAAAUUGAACGUUUUGUCGAUUCUCAAAAAACAACCGUCUUGUCGCCAUCGGAGACAUCGGAAGACACAGAAAUCUUUAUAGACACAACACUUACCACGCUCAGGGUGAAAGGCAUGCACUGCCAUUCAUGCGUGGUCAAUAUCCAAGACAAUAUCUCUAAGCUGCCUGGUGUCUCCUCUGUGGAGGUGUCCCUGGAGAAGGAGAUGGCCUCCAUCUGUUAUGAUCCUCUAAAGGUCACUGUGGCUCAGUUGCAGCAGGCCAUUGAAGCGCUGCCUCCAGGAAACUUCAAGACUCAACGCUGGGACUCCUCUGGCCCUGUUUCCACAUCGCCUAUGCCUGCCUUAUCGUCGCCUCAGUCUGCACGAGCAACCCAGGCCAAACCUGCUGCCUCACAGCCUUGUUUUACCCAGCCUCUGGCAUCUGUAGUCAAUAUUCACAUCGAGGGCAUGACAUGCAACUCCUGUGUCCAGUCCAUCGAGGGCAUGAUCUCCCAAAGGAAGGGGGUGAUGUCAGCCCAGGUCUCUCUGGCUGAUCACCAGGGGACGUUUGAGUAUGAUCCACUCCUGACUACACCAGAGGAGCUGAGGGAGGCCGUAGAGGACAUGGGCUUUGAUGCCUUCCUACCUGAGACCAAUUCCCUGCUGCCUGCACCAAAACCCAGCGUGUCAAAGUCUUUAAGUCUGGCACAUGUGAAAGAUAAAGAGCUGGACAGUGACCUACACAAAGAAACCACGCAGGAAUGCAACAAAGACACACACUCUAAAUGCUACAUCCAGAUUGGAGGGAUGACUUGUGCCUCAUGUGUGGCAAACAUCGAGAGAAACCUCAAGAAUGAACCUGGUAUCUACUCGGUUCUGGUAGCACUAAUGGCCAGUAAAGCAGAGGUGCGUUAUAACGCUGAGCUCAUGGACCCUAUGAAGAUAGCUGAGUGUGUGAAAGAGCUCGGCUUCACCGCCUCUGUUAUGGAGAACUAUGAAGGUUCAGAUGGAAACCUAGAGCUAGUGGUCAGAGGAAUGACGUGUGCCUCUUGUGUUCACAAAAUUGAAUCCAGCCUCAUGAGAGAAAAGGGGAUUAUAUAUGCCUCUGUUGCCUUGGCAACCAACAAAGCACACAUUAAGUACGACUCUGAAAUUAUAGGGCCGCGAGACAUCAUCAAGCUGAUCGAGAAUCUUGGGUUUGAAGCAUCUUUGGUGAAGAGAGACCGCACUGCCAGUCACCUGGACCACAGCAAAGAGAUACGACAGUGGAGGAAAUCUUUCCUGGUGAGCUUGAUUUUCUGCGUGCCUGUGAUGGGCAUGAUGACCUACAUGAUCAUCAUGGACCACCACAUGAAUGUUUCACACAACAUCACAGUGGAGGAUCGAAACCACUACCACGCCACCAUGUUCCUAGAGAGACAGCUGCUCCCAGGCCUCUCCAUUAUGAACCUUCUCUCCUUCCUGUUCUGUGUGCCUGUGCAGUUUAUCGGAGGUCGCUACUUCUACAUUCAAGCCUACAAAGCAGUCAAACACCGAUCCGCAAAUAUGGACGUGCUAAUAGUUCUGGCUACCUCCAUAGCCUUCACCUACUCACUGGUCGUCCUCAUAGUGGCCAUGGUGGAGAAGGCAAAAGUCAACCCUAUCACCUUCUUUGACACACCGCCGAUGCUCUUUGUCUUCAUCUCUCUGGGACGCUGGCUGGAACAAAUCGCCAAGAGCAAGACAUCUGAGGCUUUGUCCAAGCUGAUGUCUCUACAAGCAACUGAGGCCACAGUGGUCACCCUGAGUAGCGACAAGUCCAUUCUCAGUGAGGAGCAGGUGGAUGUUGAGCUGGUGCAGAGGGGCGAUAUAGUGAAGGUCGUUCCUGGUGGGAAGUUUCCAGUAGAUGGGAGAGUCAUCGAGGGACACUCCAUGGCAGAUGAGUCUCUGAUCACAGGUGAGGCCAUGCCAGUGACUAAGAAGCCCGGGAGCUCUGUGAUUGCAGGCUCCAUUAACCAAAAUGGCUCUCUGCUGGUCUGCGCUACACAUGUUGGCAUGGACACCACGCUGUCUCAGAUUGUCAAACUAGUGGAGGAGGCUCAGACGUCAAAGGCUCCUAUCCAGCAGUAUGCAGAUAAGAUUAGUGGCUACUUUGUACCCUUCAUUGUUGGCAUAUCCUUUAUUACGCUGAUCGCCUGGAUCGUCAUUGGGUUCUUAGACUUCUCUCUGGUGGAGAAGUACUUUCCUGGUUACGACAAAAGCAUUUCCAGGGCCGAGGCAGUGAUUCGCUUUGCUUUCCAGGCCUCCAUAACAGUGUUAUGCAUCGCAUGUCCUUGUUCCCUUGGCUUGGCAACCCCGACAGCUGUCAUGGUGGGCACUGGGGUUGGUGCCCAAAAUGGCAUCCUGAUAAAGGGAGGAGAGCCACUCGAGAUGGCGCAUAAGGUCCAGUCGGUGGUGUUUGAUAAGACUGGGACCAUCACAUACGGGGCUCCGAAGGUUAUCCAAGUCAAGAUAGUUGUGGAGGGAAACAAGAUGCCUCGUUCCCGACUGCUUGCCAUCGUGGGUACAGCUGAGAACAACAGUGAACACCCUCUUGGAGCAGCUAUCACCAAAUACUGCAAACAGGAGCUCGGCACAGAAUCUCUUGGCGCAUGCACCGACUUUCAGGCAGUGCCAGGCUGUGGCAUCAGAUGUCAGGUCAGCAACACAGAGACCCUGCUGAAACAGGCAGACAGCGACAGCGAGGACAACAACCAGCGCAACAGUGUCCUCGUCCAGAUCAGUGACACACGGAUGUCCACCAGCUCCCAUCCACUCAUCAUGGACCCACAGCCACUGAGCCUUGUCCACACAGCCAACUAUGUUGUCCUGAUUGGCAAUAGAGAAUGGAUGAGGAGGAACUGUCUGCAGAUCAGACCAGAUAUAGACGAGGCCAUGACAGAGCACGAGCGCAGAGGACGUACUGCUGUUCUAGUAGCUGUGGACAAUCUGCUAUGUGCGAUGAUAGCCAUAGCGGACACAGUGAAACCCGAGGCUGAGCUGGCAGUCCAAACUCUGACCAACAUGGGUCUGGAAGUUGUGCUGAUGACCGGAGACAACAGCAAGACAGCACGAGCCAUUGCUGCUCAGGUGGGUAUCAGGAAGGUGUUUGCCGAGGUCCUGCCCUCCCAUAAGGUGGCCAAGGUGGAGCAGCUGCAGCAGGCAGGAAAGAGAGUAGCCAUGGUGGGCGACGGUGUCAACGACUCACCUGCUCUAGCCAUGGCCGACGUGGGCAUCGCCAUAGGAACUGGGACAGAUGUGGCCAUAGAGGCAGCAGAUGUGGUGUUGAUCAGGAAUGACCUCCUGGAUGUUGUGGGCAGCAUUGACCUCUCUAAAAAGACUGUCAAGAGGAUCAGGAUCAACUUUGUGUUUGCUCUUAUCUACAACCUGGUUGGCAUCCCUAUUGCUGCUGGUGUAUUCAUGCCCAUCGGUCUGGUGUUGCAGCCGUGGAUGGGCUCUGCUGCGAUGGCGCUGUCAUCCGUCUCUGUGGUUUUGUCCUCCCUUCUUCUCAAAUGUUACACUAAGCCGACAGCGGAGAAGUUGGAGGCCAAACUGGGUAACAACAGGCGGCAGGGCAGCCUGUCAGAUGUUAGCGUCCACAUCGGGAUGGGCGAGAUGCGACGUCCCUCCCCCAGACUGAGCCUACUGGACCGCAUUGUCAACUACAGCCGUGCCUCUAUCAACUCCCUACGCUCUGACAAACACUCUCUCAACAGCCUGGUGCUCAGUGAGCCCGACAAACACUCGCUCCUGGUGGGGGAGGCGCUGUGCGAGGAGGAGUUUUGCUGAACACGCGAGGCUCACAUGGGUCAGCGAUGACUUUAUAUACUGACGUAGACGGUCGUGUAAUCAAGGCUAGGCCAAGCUAAGCUGAAAGGGUUACAUUGAAUAAUGGCCCAUCAUCUGCUGUAGGUGCCUCAGGGCAGCACUGGUGACUUGAAAAAAAAAAAAGCUUACAUGCCCCUGGUUUUCUUUUAGCCCAACCAGCUGAUCACGUGCACUUCAUGAGGGGGCGAUUUUCUCUCCCUCCGUUGCAGACUAUCUUUUGUUGAGGUCACCGCCCUCGGGCACACUUUCUGACCAACCCCUCGAUGCUCUCUGCGUGUCGGGGGCAUGAAGCAUCUUCAGAGCCUUGAAGCAGGUGUCCACAUCCAGGAAGCAGAGUGAUGAUCAGCUUUGCCACUGUGGUUACCUGCCAGUACAAUCUUUAACACUUAUCCAAAGACAUUUAAGCAGCGGUGACCCUUGUAAGACUGGACACCGCUGAGUUAUAUUUUAACCAAUUUCCUUAAAUGGAAAAUUAUAACACUGUUGUAUAAUUCUAUUCCAGAGUAUUUAUAUUAUCCUUAUUUAUCUUUUUUUUUUUCAUUAUAUCCUUUGUGAAAAAAUGAAGUUGUUGAAUCCAAAUGCCAAUUUUCACUUUCAAUCUCCCAAAAUGUGUCAUUACUGAGUAAGGUAAGGCAAACUCAGUCAAUCAAAGAAGUCUUGUAACUUGCUGAAAACAGAUUUUUUUUGUGCAUAGUGCUAAUGGAGUGAGUUGUAAAUGUCAGUGUUUCCCAAGUGCCAGUUGAAGUGCCACCUUGGCAAAGUCCAACACAUUCCAAAGAUAGCACCGUACAGAGGUUACCUUGGACUUAACGUGCACAAAGUGUGAACAGAGAUUAGGUCACCAACUCACAGCCGAGACUGUGAAUGGUGACGCCAACUAUAGAAGACUCUCAUCACAAGUUCCUAUGGUGGUGUCGACCCUCUGCAUCUUUGGUUAAUGAUACAAGAUGUCUUUCGAUGAAUGUGAACAUUAUUUGCUGUUAAACAGAAGUUGUUACAUGGCAGAAUUUGUGCUUGGAUUACUUUGUUUGCUCAUUGCAAAGAGAAUGGUUUUUGUUGUGAAAAGGAGGCCUUUUCACAGAUGACAUUUUGACUUGUCGCAGUAAGAAAGCACAGGUGUAAAUAUUGAAUUAAUGACUGAAUUCGAUUUAGCUGCUUUAGCCUCAGGGUGCUGCAUUGUGCAUCAUGGGACACUCAGAAAGAGCAUAAUGUCAUCAGAAUUCACAGAAGCAGCAUCUGCAGAAUUCUGAUGACAUUGCUGCAGAUUUUCUGCAAUUAAAAAAUUAUUUUAAUUAAUUUUGUCUUCCACCAACUACUGCAGAUUUUCAUUCUGGAUCAUCGCCUAAAACUGGAAAAUAAAAAUCUGUAGAUUCUGUUUGGGUUUGCUCAUCCUUCAGGUCAAAAUGUCUGCUGUGAAAAAGGCCAACUGUAAAUGCAUUUGUGUACUUCCUGUUGUCACACUACACAAGAUGUUACUGUUUCCAGGAAUUUCUUUCAGUGGUGCAUCUCUCUGCUUCUUUUUAUGUGAUUCACUCUGUUGCUCUUGAUCAAAGAAACAUCUUUAAACCCAGGGGAGCAGGAAACGCAGCGGGAUGAGCAGACUAAGCACAGCUGUGUCUCAGCAGUGCCACCAAACAAGUUACUGAGAGACAAAUGUUGAUGAGUUAAGUAGAUUGUUUCUUAAAAAUCACAUUGUACUAGUUGUAAUUGAGAUCACACCUCGCAGUCGUAGAGAGCUACUGUUAAAUUGCUUUAUUUUUUUUUUCUCCUGUGAAAGUAUUACAAAGAUUUUCUGCAUCACUAGCUGCGGUAUCAUAUCACCAGAUAAUCACUGCAGUCCAGCUACUCUUUGAAUUUCUGUCUGAACUUCUCUAGUGUUUCUUUUUGACGAUGAAAAGGGCCAUCAGUCUGUCCUGCCGCUCUCCCAUGAUGCAUUCUGUUCUGGCUUGCUGAGUGCACUGAUGCCAAUCUGUUGUUUUCGUGCAUUGCUUUGUAAAGACCUCCGUAGGGCUUCAGAUCUGUGUAAGCGAGUCCAUGUUUGCCGUCUUUCAUGGUUCUACUGAACAUUAUGUGCCUUGGAAUAAAAUGCUUUUGUAAUGUCA